AUGACGGAUCUAACCUUAGAGCUUAAUAUCAACUCAGCAAGUGACCUUGAGUAUGUCAAUCACAUCACAAAGAUGAACGUUUACGCGGUCGUAACCCUUUUGGGCGACAAAAAGAUACAGAAAGUGAAAACCGCGGUAGAUCGCCACGGUGGAUCUAACCCUAACUGGAAUCACGCCUUCAAGUUUUCCGUCAAUGAGAGAUUAGCCAGAGAAGGCCGUUUAACACUCGUCGUGGGAUUGUUCUCCGGUCGAGUCCUAGGCGAUAAAGAUAUUGGUAAGGUAGAGAUCCCGUUGGUUUACCUCUUGCCGUCAACUAACGAUAACAGUAAUGGCCAUGGAAUGAAGUUUGUGACGUAUCAGGUGAGAACUCCUUCUGAGAGAAUGAAAGGUUCUUUGACUUUCUCGUACCGGUUCAAUGGGACAGACGUUAUUUACGGUCCGGUUCACCAACAGGGACCAACGUCGUGGGCUCCUCCACCGAGUCAGCAUGGUUAUGGGCCGUAUCCUUACAUGUCACAGCCGCCGCCACCGACUGGAUAUGGAUACGAAGGGCCGCCGCAGUAUAGGAAGAAUGAAGAGAGGUUGGCGAAAGCUGAUCUUCUUGUUUCAGCUGUGUCAUUACUUCGUUAG